AGGCAGAUAAAUUCAGGGAAUAGAUGAUGCGAGAGGGAACUCUCUGUCCUGUUCCUAUAUAAAGCCUUAUGUCUUCCUCGUUGCUAGAGCUUGAGAUCCUUGUGGUUGGCCAAAAGUAAAGGAAGAGGAGAGAGAGAGAGCUUGAGAUCCUUCUGGAUUCUGCAGGUAGGCCGUGAGGUGUAUCAGGGGAAGAAAUGUUGGAAGGUAAAGCCUUGAUAGAGGACACAGACAUGCCUGUGAAGAUGCAGAUCCAAGCCAUGGCUUCUGCUUCUGAGGCUCUGGAUCUCUUUGAUGUUGUUGAUUGCAAAUCCAUCGCUGCCCAUAUCAAAAAGGAGUUUGAUGCCAGAUUUGGGUGUGGAUGGCAGUGCGUGGUGGGUUCCAGUUUUGGGUGUUUCUUCACUCAUUCACAGGGAACUUUCAUUUACUUCACACUGGAGACUCUCAAUUUCCUCAUCUUCAAAGGAGCUUCUUCUUUCCCUUUCUGAAAAUGACCUAAGCUUGCGUUUCCUUGUUAAAAAGGUUCCAUCAAAUUACCUGAGAAAAAGUGCUGUUCUUUUUCUUGUCUUUUCUUCCCCACCCCCUUUUUCUCUUCCCUAUGUUGAGGGAAAACUUAUGCUGAGGAAAAUCUCAGAGGAAGAGGGCAGAAGCACCAACUUUUCCUGCGAUUGGGAUCUUAAUGGUUUGAAGUAUGAGAUGAAGUUGCAGUGUCCGUUUGUACAUAUAAAUUAGUGCUUAGCCCAGUACAUAUUUUCUUCUCCAGAUCAUUCAUUCUUCAUGUUCCUUUUUUCUCUGGUUCAUGCUUUGAUUGAUUAUGGUACCCUUAUCCCGUUUCCUGGA